AUGCUCUCCCUUCAACGUCAUCUCCUCUACAUCCUACUCGACUCCAACCUACCUACAGGCGGUUUCGUCUCUUCAUCCGGUCUCGAGUCCUAUGCCAAACAUGUGCCGCCCUCGGCGAAGCGAAGCACAGCCGACAACGUGAUCCAUUUCGUGGAAUCGGAAAUGGACAAUUUCGCAAGUACGACCUGUCCCUUUGUGUGCGAUGGCUGGCGUAUACUCGACACAGGUGUGCAAGUGCCGCAAGAGACCUUGACAUCAGGUCUACAUACAAAGGUGCAAGAGAUGCUAAGGGAAAUCACCACCUUGGAUCGAUACCACGAAUCGACCUUGUUAUCCGUCGUCGGGAGAAGAGCUUCGAAAGCACAAGGAGUGGCUUUGCUCACUUUAUUCACAAGGUCGUUAUGCUCAAUAACAGAUGAUCGACGACGAAAUGGCGAAUUAUUAUCAAGGUUGGUGGUGGAAGAGUACAAACGUUCCAUCCGACGUUGCACGACCCCUGGACAUUUGGCAGUGUGUUGGGGAGUCAUCAUGUCGGCUUUAGGGUUGGAUCUUGGCACUUCACUCCACCUUUAUCUCUUCCUACACUGCCGCUCCGUCCUAUCUUCAGCCGUCAGGCUCAACCUAGUGGGACCUUAUGCUUCCACUCGCCUGUUGUUAUUGCUGCAGGGGGCGAUCGACCGAUGCGUGGUUUCCACCUUGAACUCGACCACGACGUCGCCUGUCAACGACAUGAUUCAUGACAACGCUACUGCCCCGUCCACGACAUGGCCGUUGGGUGAGAUACUCUUGGCCCGACAUGACAUGCAACAUUCACGCAUCUUCAACAGCUAG